GUUAAACAUGUUUGAAGAGGCUGUUUGCGAUUAGAUCGGAACCAAGCGCUUUCUACGAGGACACGCCUAGUUCUCUUGCCAAAAACAUCGGAAACAAAUUAUCCAAAAUAAAUAAUUUGCACAACUAUAUCAUUUGCUAUAAAGAAUCUGCAAAAAAAAAUCAAACAACCAGGAAACACAAAUAUGAAUAAUGCAUCAGCAAACAAGGAAUCUGAAGAUGGUGGGGGACAUAUGCAAAUGAAGAAGGUGGAGACAGUGGAUUUUCAUACAUCGGCAGGGCAAGGGCAAGAGCCGGUUAGACGUGUGCAGGUCGUGCACGAGUUGCAGCCCCAAUCGGCUCUCGGCCCAAAGACAAGCGGCAGCAUUCUCGCGAAUGCUGCCGCUUCUGUUGUGUCCACCCUCGAGUCCGCCAAGGAUGCUAUCCAGAGAAAAUAGAUACAUUUGGGAUCCGUUCUCUUUAAUGGAAAAGAGUGGAAAAUAUAUAUAUUUUUAUAAUUUUUUCACCAUUUUCACAUGUUUUGUAAGGGGUGGAUAAUUUUUCACAUGAAGAAUGGAAUUUUUUUUCGAGUAAGAUAA